AUGAUGAUCCUGAAAACCUACCACCAAACCAGUUUGGUGAGAGCAGUCAGGUCUCGUGACCGCGCGACGUUUCGCGGCGACCAUCCCAGCAUGUCACAACACGCGUCACCCCACCUUUCCUGCACCUCCGCGAAUGCCCCUCUUGAUCCAAUGCCAGACGAUGCCCAAGCGCCCGUCAAGCUCUCUCUGCCUCUUGAAUUUCAACAGGACAUCUUCAAAGAGCUGCGCGAAGAAGAUGAGCUCGUUAUCCUCGCUCGGGGGCUUGGCCUACUACGCAUCGUCACGAACCUCCUUCACUCAUACGAUGCGGCUGGAAACAACCUCAUUCUACUCGUGGGCGCCGAUGACCGUGAGAAUGUGUGGAUCGGUGAGGCGUUGGCUGAGCAUGCGGCCGUGAGCAAUGCGCCAAAGUGUCGCGGGUUGAGUCUGGUGAAUACAGAUCUCAUGACUGUGGGGACAAGGGAGAAGAUGUAUGCACAGGGCGGCAUAUUCAGUAUUACGUCACGCAUCCUAAUCGUCGACUUCUUAUCUGGCCUGCUGAAUCCAGAAACGGUGACGGGCGUCGUGGUGCUGCAUGCUGAGAGGGUGGUGGCGACGUCGCUGGAAGCAUUCAUAUUGCGCAUCUACCGACAGAAGAAUAAAGCAGGUUUCUUAAAGGCCUUCUCCGACACACCCGAGCCCUUCACAACUGGGUUUGCGCCUCUGACCCACAUGAUGAAGAACCUGUUCUUAUCGAAACCGGCUUUAUACCCGAGAUUCCACGUCUCUGUCGCCAACUCGCUCGAAGGGCGCAAAAAAGCAGAAGUCAUCGAGCUGGAGGUACCCAUGACGGAGGCUAUGCAGGACAUACAGAACGCGGUCCUGGCAUGUGUGGAAGCCAGUAUCAGCGAGCUCAAAAAGGCCAAUCCAGGGCUCGAAGUCGAGGACUGGAAUGUAGACAGUGCUCUGCACAAGAACUUUGAUCAGAUCAUCAGACGUCAGUUAGAUCCAGUAUGGCAUCGGACGACUUUCAAGACACGGCAGGUCGUCCGUGAUCUGUCACUGCUUCGGACGAUCCUACAUGCACUCCUCACGUACGACGCUAUCAAUUUCAACAAGUAUCUCGAUACUGUUCUAGCAGCAUCGCAACCACCACCUGGGUCAACAAGGCAGAAUCAAUCUCCUUGGCUCUUUCUGGAUGCUGCAGAUACCAUCUUCACAACGGCAAAGCGAAGAGUCUUCAAGGGAAGGAUUUCGAAUGCUGAGCUGGCUAAUAGUUCAAAUGCCGUGCCUGAGUCGUUGGAGCCUGUUCUUGAAGAAUUCCCCAAAUGGGCACAACUCGCAGAUAUCCUACAAGAGAUCGAGCAGGACGGAUACUUUAAUCCUACGCCACAAGACUCGUCCAACGGCUGUAUACUCAUCAUGUGUGGCGACCAAGGCACGUGCUCCCAGCUCAGAGAGUAUCUGCAAACCAUGUAUGUCGAAGCAGAAGAAGCCGUGAAUGAGGAGGAUGGCGACAAUGACCAUGAACCAUCCGCGAGAUUUAUGAUGCGUCGCAAACUUCGCAACUAUCUGGCUUGGAAAAGAGACUUCAGCAAAGUCAGCGCAGCUCUCUUCUCCGAGAACCAAAAGGCCAUCAACACCAGCACGGAUCGAAGCGUUCAAAGUGGCAUAAGCAAGACAUCAAGCAGACCUCCUCCCAACAAACGUCGUCGCGUACGAGGCGGUGGCUACUCAGCAGCAGGCCCAUCUCGCUCAGACACAGGCGCUGUCCGUAUAGCGGGGGACCGCGACUCUCACAUUGCCAGUCUCAUGGCUGAAUUGGAGCCCACCGACUUUGAAGCUGCGCAAAAAUCCGGGGAAGUAGGUUCAGACCCUCUCGACAACAUGGACUCGAUGUACGAGCUCUUCGAUAUGGACUCCCUCGUCAUCGUGCACCCCUACGCCGGUGAUCUCGACGAACACAUCCUCGACGAAACGAAACCCCGAUACGUCAUCAUGUACGAGCCAGACGCUGCAUUCAUUCGACGAAUCGAAGUGUACCGCUCUUCACACACCGAUCGCACCGUAAAGGUCUUCUUCAUGUAUUACGGAGGGAGCGUGGAAGAACAGCGUUAUCUCUCUGCAGUACGAAGAGAAAAAGACGCCUUCACCCGGCUCAUCAAAGAACGAGGCAACAUGGCUCUGACCCUGCACACAAACGCCAAUCUCGCACCCGAAGAAGCCUUUCUUCGUACAAUCAACACGCGCAUCGCUGGCGGCGGCCGUCUGACUGCCACCACGGAGCCCCCGCGCGUCGUAGUCGAUGUCCGAGAAUUCCGCUCCAGUCUCCCCUCUCUUUUGCAUGGUCGCGCAAUCGUCAUUGUACCCUGCAUGCUCACCGUGGGCGACUACGUCCUCACGCCGCAAAUCUGCAUUGAGCGCAAAUCCGUCCGCGACCUCAUCCAAUCCUUCGCCAACGGCCGCCUCUUCAACCAGGUCGAAAGCAUGAUGGAACACUACAAACAGCCCAUGCUCCUCAUUGAAUUUGACGCAAACAAAUCCUUCACCCUCGAGCCGUUUAUGGAUUUCUCGGCCCCUGGUGGUGGCGCUGCUGCGACAAAUGCCUCUGGUCUCGCAGCCGCCCCGGAUCUCCAGUCUAAGCUCGUCAUGCUGACACUGGCGUUUCCUCGCCUACGCAUCAUUUGGAGUUCCUCGCCGUAUCAGACGGCGGAAAUAUUUGCGGAGCUGAAGAAGGGGGCGGACGAACCGGAUCCCAUGAAGGCGGUUCAGCUUGGGCUGGAUCCGAAUAUGGGCGGCGACGAGUUGAGAAGUUUCAAUCAGACGAGUCAAGAUAUGUUGAGAGCGCUGCCAGGGGUGACGGAGAGUGUGGUCACGACGUUGAUGUUGAGGUGUGAGAGUAUUCAUGAACUUGCAAAUAUGAGUGAGAGGGAGGUUUGUUGGUUGAUUGGGACGGAUGUGGGGAGGAGGGUUUGGCGGUUCUUUAAUAGGAGUGUGUACGACAAUGCUGAGAUGCCUACUUGGUCGUAA